AUAGCAUGUAAAUGAUUGCUUUCUUGAUGCCUUAAUUCCUUAUCAUCAUUCAGUACUGUUAGCACCGAUGGUUCUUGUUUAAUUAGUCUCUGCUGCUUAAUUUUAUCUCUUGUAGAAAAGAAUUAAAAGUGCUGUGUUCUUGUGAAAUUGAAAAUUUCAUUGUAGAAGAAAUUAAAUGGAACCUGAUGAAGAUGAGAUUCAUAAUUGUUUGAUCAAGCUGAGAAGUAGUCCUGAAAGACGGAGGAAUAAGGUUUACAUUGGUUGUGGAGCAGGGUUCGGGGGUGACAGGCCUUUGGCUGCUCUUAAGUUGCUUCAAAGAGUCAAGGAACUAAACUAUCUGGUUCUCGAAUGCCUGGCGGAGCGCACUCUUGCCGAUCGCUAUCAAAUCAUGAUGUCUGGUGGCGACGGUUAUGACUCUCAGAUUUCAGACUGGAUGCAUACACUGUUGCCUCUGGCUUUGGAAAGAGGAACUUGCAUAAUUACCAAUAUGGGUGCUAUGGAUCCUCAGGGCGCACAACACAAGGUAUUAGAACUAGCUAGAGACAUGGGGCUUAAUGUUUCUGUGGCUGUAGCUCAUGAAGUGCCUACUUCAAUUUUAGGUUCAGGAUUGUCACAUGUGAAGUCCUAUACCAUGGAGGGUGGUAUCAGCACAUACAUGGGUGCUGCUCCUAUUGUUGCCUGUCUUGAGAAAUACCAACCCAACGUAGUAAUCACUUCAAGAGUUGCAGAUGCUGCUUUAUUCUUAGCACCUAUGGUUUAUGAGCUAGGUUGGAACUGGGAUGAAUGGGAGCAUCUUGCUCAAGGAUCCAUGGCAGGGCAUCUUCUAGAGUGUGGUUGUCAACUCACAGGGGGAUAUUUCAUGCAUCCAGGAGACAAGUACCGAGAUAUGUCCUUUGAGCAGCUACUGGAUUUAUCACUUCCUUAUGCAGAAAUCUCUUAUGAUGGGCAAGUAUGUGUGGCCAAAGCUGAAGGAAGUGGUGGAGUUCUGAAUUUCAGUACAUGUGCCCAACAAUUAUUGUACGAGAUUGGAGACCCCAGUGCUUAUGUGACCCCAGAUGUAGUAAUUGAUUUUCAGGAUGUAUCAUUCGUUCCAUUAUCGAGCUGCAGAGUUGUGUGUCACGGGGCAAAACCAUCUACUACUAAUUCAGCUCCUGAUAAACUUUUGCAGUUGGUUCCAAAGGAAUGUGGAUGGAAAGGAUGGGGAGAGAUAUCAUAUGGUGGAUAUGAAUGCGUUAAACGCGGUAAAGCAGCAGAAUAUGUGGUUAGAUCAUGGAUGGAAGAAACAUUCCCCGGAGGCGGACUCAAUGAGUGUAUACAUUCUUGUAUCAUUGGAUUUGAUAGCCUCAAGGCUUGCAGCCUAGACAAUACUAGUCAAGAUAUUAGGUUACGCAUGGAUGGACUUUUCCAGCACAAGGACCACGCUCUCCGCUUUACCACGCAAUUUACGGCAUUGUAUACAAAUGGACCGGCUGGCGGUGGUGGUGUCAGUACUGGAUAUAAGAAAGAGAUUCUUCUAGAAAAGCAGCUGGUUAGGCGUGAAGAUGUUUUCUGGCGAAUCGCACUGAAGCAGAACACAAAUAGUAGUCUGUCCAAUAAAUUGGUUCAUCCUGAAUGCAGCUUCACAGCACUCUCACAAGCUGAUACUCAACAAGUUGCUUGCUCCCCGGCGCCGUCGGGUCGAAACAUUCCACUCUAUGAGGUAGCACACAGCAGAGCCGGAGACAAAGGAAAUGACAUCAACUUCUCUAUCAUCCCACAUUUUGGUCCUGAUAUUCACAAGUUGAAGCAAAUUGUUACACCUGAGUGGAUAAAGUCAGUGGUCGCACCACUCAUAGACUCCUCUUCAAAUCCUGAUCUUGAUACAAGAAAAAAUAGAGACAAAUGGGUCCAUGAAAAUGUUAAGGUUGAGAUAUAUCAAGUUAAGGGAAUCCAAGCAUUGAAUGUUGUUGUUAGGAACAUUCUAGAUGGUGGUGUCAAUUGUUCCAGAAGAGUUGAUAGGCAUGGAAAGACAAUUUCAGAUCUUAUACUUUGCCAACAAGUUGUGUUGCCACCAUGAUAUUACCUGAUCUUUUUAAAGAAUAAAAUAAUGCAAAAUUUGCUACUAAUUAAUGUUGCUAUGUUUCUUGUGUAAUGGUGAUUAUUAGAACUACUUUAUCUGAUGUAGAAAAGAAACAAUUAACAAAAGAAGUAGUUACAA